CACUUUAGUAAAUGAAAGGCAAUAAUAAUUCGACUUCUACUUUGGUGACAACAACAUAGGAGAAUUCUAUAGUUACGUAUGCCUAACCCCAUAAUGGAAUCGUCUUUGCCUAUUAUUUUAAAGGGAGAUAAGCGUAACCUGUUCCCUUAGAUAGGAGAAAAUUGGAGGGGACUUCCGGGUUGUUUAUAAUAACUUUAGAGCUAAGGGAAAAUAUUUCUUUGAACAUCACAUGAUAAAAAUAAUGAUAAGAUGAUGAUCUUGAUUAUCUUUUGUAUAUAAUAAUUCAGUUAUAAAAUCAGACUCAUUUUCAUUAUUUUCAUUUUUAAGUUACGAUGUCUCAAGCACAACAAUAUUCCGUUGGAAUUCUUACAAUUAGUGAUACAGCUUCAGCAGAUUCAACAAAAGACCUUAGUGGUCCAACUCUAAAAACCGUAUUUAAGCAAGCUUCAAAAGAAAAAAUUACUUUUAAUGUUAUUAAGAGUGCAAUUAUUUCAGAUGAUUUUGAACAAAUACAAAAUAUAGUUAAAACAUGGAGUGAUAAUGAGAAUCUUGAUAUCGUAGUAACAACUGGAGGUACAGGAUUUGGAGUUAAAGAUAUUACACCCGAAGCAAUAGAACCUUUGUUACAAAAGAAAUCUCCCGGAAUUGCUUAUGCAAUGAUAACUACUUCUUUACAGAAAACCCCUUUUGCAGCACUUAGUCGACUUGUUAGUGGUGUAAGAGGAAAAACUAUUAUCAUUACAGUGCCGGGAAGUCCGAAAGGAGCAAAAGAAAAUUUGGAAGCAGUAAUAAAUGUAUUGCCUCAUGCUGUUGAUUUGGCGAAAGGUGGUACUGGAGAAAAUGUUCAUGCGCAAUUGAAUGCUCAAAAGACAAACAAUAGUAAAGAUGAAAGUGGACAUCAAUGUGUUCAUAAUACUAAACACGAACAUCACCAUAAACAUGAACAUGAUACAACGCGUUCAUUUUUGUCAGAUCCUCUCUCCGGUCCUGUUACCCAACGCCAACGUAAAUCUCCUUAUCCUAUGAUCACGGUUGAUGAGGCGUUGAAUAUUAUUGCCAACAAUGCCGAGAUUUUAGGUUCAAUUACUGUUCCAGUCAAUGAAAACUUGGUUGGAAUGGUUUUAGCUGAAGAUGUUUACGCGAAAGAACCUGUCCCAGGCUACCGUGCUUCAAUUGUUGAUGGGUAUGCAGUUGUUGCAAGCGAUGGUCCCGGAAUUUAUCCAGUAGUCGGUGUGUCAAUUGCAAAUGUUCAAUCAGAUGCUAUGCAGCUCAAACCCGGACAAAUCACUCGCAUUACAACAGGUGGGCCUAUACCUAAUGGUGCCACAGCAGUAGUUAUGGUCGAAGAUACAUCUCUCGUAAGUACUUCUGCUGAUGGUCUUCAAGAAGAAUCAGUGAAGAUUCAUGUUCAGGCACGUAAUAAUGAAUGGAUCAGGGAAAUUGGAUCAGAUACUAGUGUUGGCACAGUUAUUGUUCGUAAGGGUGAACUUGUAACUGCUGUUGGUGGUGAAAUUGGAGUCUUGUCAUCUGUAGGUGUGCGAGAAGUUCGCGUUUAUAAACGUCCUGUUAUUGGAAUACUUUCUACUGGAAAUGAAGUAGUUAAUCAUAAUGAACCAGAGUUAAAAUAUGGUCAAAUACGAGAUAGUAACCGGCCAACUUUACUGGCAAUCGGCAAAAUUACAGGAUUUGAGGUCAAAGAUUUUGGGAUUGUGAGUGAUAACGUACAAGAAUUGGAAAAUGUAUUAAAAUUAGCUUUAUCACAAGUUGAUGUACUUGUUACUACAGGUGGUGUGUCUAUGGGCGAAUUUGAUUUACUAAAACCUACUUUAGAGCGUUCUUUAGAAGCAACUAUACACUUUGGAAGGUUAAAGAUGAAACCGGGGAAACCAACAACAUUUGCGACUAUUAUAUCAGAUGAAUAUAAAAAAUUAAUUUUUAGUUUACCUGGAAAUCCUGUUUCUGCUACUGUUACUUCAUAUUUAUUUGUUUUACCAGCUCUUAGAAAAAUUGCAGGUUAUGAUAAUUGGAAUUUACCUAUUGUGCAAGCAGAGCUCUCAAAUAAUAUUAGUCUUGAUCCUAGACCCGAAUAUCAUAGAGCUACCAUUUCUUAUGAUUAUACAAAAGGAAAGUUUUUGGCAGUAUCCACAGGUAAUCAAAUAAGUAGUAGAUUGCUUAGUAUGUGCAGUUGUAAUGCAUUAUUAAAACUUCCUGGAAAAACUGAUCAAUUAAAAGAACUCGUUAAAGGUACAAUGGUAGAUGCUAUAUUAAUAGGACAAUUAAAUUAGUUUCAUUAGUUCUUAUCAAAUGACUUGCUAGUAAACAUACCUGAAAUUUUUUAGUAAAUAAGAUUAAGUUAUCUCGUUUAGUUAUUUAAUUUUAAGAAGAUUUGUAAAGCUUUAUAUGUAUAAUAUCAUUUUAAAAUUAUCAACAAAUAUUAAAUAGUUAUUGGGUAAGGGA